AUGUCUUCCUUACAGUACAAGGUAAGUUUAUUUUGUUUGACUUCUAAAAAGAAUUUCAAGACCUGGAAUGAGCAAGCAAUCGUUAUAUGGCCAAAUUUUAAGAUUUAAUUAACAAAAAGUCAUAUAUGUUAAGAUUAGCUUUAAAACUGGUCAAAAAACAAAUAUUAACAUAAGAAAAAGUUAAUUUCAGGAGGUUGUGGCAAAGUUGAAUUCUCUACAAAGCAAUGCUGUGACAUUGCAACUCCUCAAAUCCAAGCGUAACGAAAUGUCACAACAUAAUUUGGCCGAAACCCAAUUUUACCUCCGGGAGUUGAAUGUUACUGUAAGUUGUUUUAUUUGCUUCUUCACGGUUACUUUGUUCAUUUUUACCAUUAUAUUAUACUAAAUCAACUAUAAUUGUAGAAUGAGGAUGUAAAUCGCUUAAAUCCGGUUCACAUAGCUGGGACCAAAGGAAAAGGCUCCACUUGUGCCUUUUUGGAGUCAAUUUUAAGGUCUCAAAACUUUAAAACUGGAUUUUACAGGUAUGUUUGUAGUUUUAAGUAUUUUUUGUUUUUUGGUUGUUUUUUCAAAGAUCUUAUAUUAUUUUUCAGCUCACCUCAUCUUGUGCAUGUUCGCGAACGCAUCAGGAUCAAUGGAGUUCCGUUGACUGAAUCUCAGUUUAUAUAUUACUUUAAUCAAGUGUAUGAUACUGUAAAAACAGCUGUAAGUUUGUAUUUAUGGAAAUUUAACAGUGGACAAGUAAUGUUAUAUUAUUUCUUUUAACUUUGCUUUUAAAACAUGUUGUUAUAGGCAAUUAGCAGUUAUAUUAGUUUAUAACACUGUAAGAAAUAAUGAAAAAUUGUUUUAGUCAGAAGAACAUGACGUUCCAAUGCCGGCUUAUUUCAAAUUUUUGACAUUACUUUCAUUUUUUGUAUGUAAACAUGAACAAGUUGAUGUUAUGAUAGUGGAGGUGGGGAUUGGAGGCGAGACGGACUGCACGAAUGUCAUAGAGUAAGUUGAUAAUAUAAAUUGAUUAGAAAUCAGUGUCAGGUAAAUAAAAGGGCAGAAACUUCUUUUUUUUUGCUUUUUAAGUACGUAGAAUUGUUUUUUUUUAUAAAUAAUUUUAGGUAUGAUUUGAAAUAUCAUACCUAAAAUCGAAAAAAAUGUUUAAAAGAGGGCUUAGAAGGAAAAUACUGUAAAUUGUCAUUUAGGAAACCAGUAGUAUGUGGUAUAACGUUACUGGACUUGGACCAUGUCAACUUAUUGGGUAAUACGAUGGAAGAGAUUGCUUGGCAUAAAGCAGGUAUAGUUAAGAAGAACCGGCCAGUAAUAGCAGUACCGCAACAAAAAGAUGCCGAAGCUGUGAUUAGAAGGAGAGUUGAGGAGAAAACUGUAAGUGUACUAUAAUAGCUAGCUUUAUUUGUUGAUAACAGCUAGUGUAAUAUAAAUUACUGUAAAAUAGCUAAAUUUUGGCAUUAAAAUUUUUACUUUUGUAAGAUUUUUUGUAUAAAACAAGUUUUGUUGUCAUUUAUGGUAAGAUUAUUGAACUUUAGGGCACUUUAGUAGAAUUCACACCAUUUGCGAAGCUCGGUUUGUCAGAAGAUACGAUAAGAUAUGUUGACUCACUGGGCAAUCACCAAGAACAAAACGUUGCGUUGGCUAUAUCCCUGGCCAAUGUUGUGAUGAAGGAGUUGGACAAGCCAUUAAUGACACAAACUGCUUUAGAAGAGGCUAUUCUGAAUACACAUUGGGCAGGCAGAAGUCAUAUUCUGAAGAAAGACAACGUUACCUACUAUCUGGAUGGAGCUCAUACCUGCAAGAGCAUUAAGGUACUGUAUUUUUGUAAUUUUCUGGAAGUUCUCGAUUUUUUAAAAGUAUUUUUGAAAUUAUGUAAUAUAUUUAUAAAGUGUCAACUUGUCAGGAAAAAGAUUAUGUUAUCCAUGAUAUUAUUUUAGUGUUGUUCUGAUUGGUUUGGCAAGACGAUAUCCUCAAAGAUAAAUGGCCACAAACCCUUAAUAGUACUAUUAUUCCAAUGUACUGGUGACAGAGAGCCAAUGUCACUUUUGAAGACAUUGUUGACGGAAAAUGAGUUUGACUAUGCCAUCUUCACAUCGACGAGGUUAUAUAUGGUGGUGGAGAAGGUGAACGACAAUACCAAUCUGAACACGAGUGACCAAGCACAGAACCAAAAGUGUGAGGAGAGUAAGGAUGCUUGGAAGACGGUCAUGAGCAAUGUAGGUUUAGUUUCAGCUACUUCUAAUAUUAAUAAAUUGUGGUGGAUAAUAUACUAAAAUUUGUUAUAAUUGAUUGAACCGAAAAGAUUGGUGUUAUUUUUUGGAUAAUAUAUUGAUUUCUUAUACUAUUGGCACUUCAGGACAAUGUAACCACAACCAACUGUAUCCAAGACGCUCUGAAGCACGUUCAUCAGAUGGCGGAGAACAAUAAAUCAGUCGCCGUGCUGGUGACGGGCAGUCUUCAUCUGGUGGGGGGAGUGUUGUCUUUCGAAGAUGAAUAAAUAAUAUAAAACGGAUGUCGGAUAUUACUUUAGAGGCUUUGGCCUUACAUUUCAGCCUAAUCCUUUGAAGAUGGCUAACGUGGAUGUUGAGGAUGGUGUGCAAGUCAGGAUGGAGAAAAACAAGAUGGCUGAGGUCACGAGAAUGCUUAUUGUAAGUCGUACCGGUCAGCAAGUUUGUAUAAAAUAUAAAGGAAAACGAAAUUUCUUGGUCUAGUAUAAGAGGAACUAGUAAAUUGCAUCAGAUGGGUAUUAUGUAAUAUUAAAGAUUGAUAUUUAUCUAACCAAGUGUAAUAUAAGGUGAUGAGAAGAUGGCUAACCGGAGAGCUAGCCAAGGAAGCUCGAAUCGAGCACAGUGAUGCCAUGAUGUCAACUUUCUUCGAAUCCAUAGCCACAGGCAACUUGAGGCUUCUGAAGCAGCUGGAAGACCGUCAGAGGAAGUCGUGGAAACAGAAGAUUCAGAAGCUGUUGGGUAGCACUUUCUCUGUGUCGUCAUCGCUGUUUUACUACUGGACUGGGAUUGUGACAUUGUGUUGUGUUUACAAUAUUAUGACCGUCACUCUGGGCGUUUUCGAGGAAUUCACUGUAUAUUAUGGGACAUGGAUCAAGUACAAUAUAGUUACUGAUCUGGUUAACUUCGUGGACAUCUUGGUGCUGAUGAGGAAGGGUAUGCUGAUUGAGAGAGUAACUUUGGUGUUUUAGAGAAUAUGCAAGAUGGAGUUUUGGUCAACAGUUUCUGGAAGACGGCCCAAAUGUACUUCAUGAGGUAAGGUCAAGAAGUUUGUGGAAAUGUUUAAGUCUUUCAAGAAUUAAUGUCAUUUUUUAGCCGAACCUUCCUACUAGACCUGGCAGCCUUGUUACCUACAGACCUCUUCCUACUCUUCAUGCCCAGAUUCACUUUUAUUCGUGCCAACCGGCUGUUCAAGGUGCACCGAGUGUCGGACUUCAUCAUGCGAACUCAGGUCAGGACCAACUUCCCUCAUCUGUUUUUGCUCUUCAGACUGAUCGUGAUCUGCUACAUGGUCUUUCACUGGAACGGCUGUCUCUACUACCUCUUCAGCCUGAUGUUCUCCUUUCCCAAUGCCUCCAUCGAUGACUGGGUAUACACUCCUGACAAGAUACCUGACGUCAGGUUUCCGUCGUGUGAUGCCAGGUUCAAUGUAGGCACUUGUACGAUCGAUGAAAGUGGCAUGGAUUACUUGAAUAGGGAGAGUUACAUCGAUGUGUUGGUCGACUUUUACCAUGAUAGAUUCCAUGAGACCGACUUUGGCAACUUCACCAAGAAAUACAGUUUGUGCUUCUACUGGUCGGCCUUGACAUUGACGACGUUGGGUGAGCAACCUUGGCCGAACAAUACUUUCGAGAUGUUGUUUGAGGUUACUGACACUCUGCUCGGGUUGUUACUGUUCUCCAUCAUUGUUGGAGACAUUGGUAACAUGGUGACUAAUGUAAAUGCAACGAGGAUGAGCUUCCAGGAGUUGAGAGAUGGCUGCAAACAGUUCAUGGAUUUUAGGUACGUUUUUAAAAUUAAAAUUUUAAUAAACUUAAGUAUAUAUUGUAGUAGAAGCGGUGUAAUAAAUACUAAAGUACAGAUAUCGUUACUAUAAUAACUUGUGUGUAUUAUAGUUAUAAGUUAGUUACUUAGUAACCUUUUGAAGUAGUAAUGUAAACUUUUGUGUAGGGAUGUUCACCAUGUAGUAGCCAAACGUAUCAUGGACUACCUCGAAUAUAGCUGGAGUGUAGGACAAUUGACUUUGGAUGAAAGUCAGAUUGUACGAUCGCUACCGACAAGAUUACAUGGUCAGCUUGCUGUACAUAUUCACAUGGAAACUCUUAAGAAGGUCACUUUGUUUCAAGUAGGUUCAUCAUGAUAUAAUAUGUCAUUGUCAAGUAAAAGUCGUAUGUUAACAUAAAGAACGUAGGUUUUCACUUAUAUAAUAUAACAGUAAGUACUGUCAGUAAGUAAUAACUUUAAAAAAACAAAACUGCUAUGUAAUGAGAUUUAAAUUUCUAUCUACAGGAAUGUGAAUCUGGUAUGUUGUACGAGAUGGUGAUGCGACUAAAGCUACAAGUAUUCAGCCCAGGCGACUUUAUCUGUCGAAAACAUGACGUUGGCAAGGUAAGUAACAGUUUAUAACACAAAUAACAUGUACAAUACUACUAGUACUAUUACUGAUGGCAUUUUUAGCCUUGAAGAGUUACAGUAAUCGUUGAAACAAUAACAAGUUACUAUCCUUCCACCGAGUAUUGAGGUCUGUUGACACGCAUCUACACCACCCAGAGGUAGUAUGUUACAGCCUCGGACCAUUGAGAUUAGGGAGCGAUCGUCAUUUAUAAAGUUACCCACUAAAACAAGGUCAACAUAGCAUGAACAAUAUUAUGAUAGCUAAGAAUCUGCGUAUAUAUAUAAUAUUAUUAUCUAAGGCUGUGAUAAUAGGACCCUUUAUAAUAUAAAAGGGAGGAUCACAGUGUUUUUGAAGGUACUUACUCUUGUCCACCCCUCCAGAGUAGGUAGCUAUCUUGAUGCAGCCAAAGAACCCGAACGGACAUGUCUGUGACAUGUAGCGGUUACACAACUUGUCAUUGCCGGUCUUCAUACACUGAUAACAGUUGAUAGCAUUGGCCGAAUGUAGGAUCGAGAACACCACCACCAAGAAGGGACAUAUACUGGUCAUCGUAUGUCUGUUUUUUAUUAUUUGCGCAAACGAAUUCUUUACCGCCUGAGGGCGUGUUUGCGUUGCCCAUAAAAGAAGACAUCAAAUUGUGAAUCAUAAUUUAAUUCCUCUCCAAAACGUUGCCAACAUGUAUGUAGUUGCUUUAACAACAUACGAUUAUAUAAUACUUGUUUUAUGAGAUCUUAGAGGUGUUAUGGUACUGUAAUGUCAUGUUAUAAUAUGAUUGUAUUGCCGUAUCUUCCUCUGCUACAGUAAAUAUUGUUUAAAAAGACACGUUAAAACAUCAUAACAUCAAAAAUGCUGUAAAAAAACAAAACUAACUUUAGUUACCUUGCAGGAGAUGUACAUUAUAAAGAAGGGCAAGCUCGAAGUCGUGGAUGAAGCCAAGAAUAUUGUGUUUGUCACCCUGGAAGAAGGAAAAGUGUUCGGAGAACUGUCGAUUCUGGAUGUUCCUGGCAAUAAGAACGGCAACAGAAGGAGUGCCUCCAUCAGAUCUGUUGGGUAUUCUGAUCUCUACGUUCUGACAAAGGAAGAGCUUCUGGAAGUGAUGAGAGAUUACCCCGGCUCCAGGAACUCUUUGGUCGAGAAAGGUGAGGUUGUGCGGGUUUUGUCCGAAAAUAUUUGGCGAGGAAAUUGUGGGCGCAGUUCACGGGCAACGUUAUACGAAAGAAGAAAGUUUAGGUUGUAAAAAUAGGUAUACAAUAUUAGUUUUCUUAUCAAAUGCGGUAUUAUAGGCAGUAGUUUGUGGGUCCAGUUGAUUUUCAUUUUGUUUCAAGUGCUUCUGAUCAGGCUUUUAUAUGUUUAGACUUUUUAUGACUUUCUUUGCUACUGUAUAUCUAUACCUAUUUGAUAAUAAAUCAAAAAAGAAACGCAAAUUCACAAUUACAGCCAAAGAGAUUCUACGCAAAGACAAGAUUUUGGACGAAGAAUUAGCCCAACGGCAAGGUAGUUGGGCCAAUCCAGUCACCUUGAUGAUCGAAGAACGACUUGAACUUCUAACUCAAGAGGUCAAGAUGUUCACCAUGUUGUUGGACGAAUAUACCGAGAAAAUUUAUGUAAGUUUGUUGAGCAUGUUACAGUAGUUUGAAGAGAAACCUGAACGAGUGGAAGAGACGGGUGUUUAAACUGGAGGCAGCUUACAAUCGACAGAUGUACUCUCACUACUACACGGACCUAGAGGACGAUGAUGUUGAUGUAGACGACGGACUCUUAAAGCCUGGCGUCAUCUGA